AUGUCUAAGGGACCUGCAGCUGGCAUUGAUCUUGGCACCACCUAUUCUUGUGUGGGUGUUUUCCAGCACGGAAAGGUGGAAAUAAUUGCCAAUGAUCAGGGGAACCGAACUACACCUAGCUAUGCCGCCUUUACUGAUACCGAACGAUUGUUGAUCGGCGAUGCUGCAAAGAACCAAGUUGCAAUGAAUCCCACCAACACGGUUUUUGAUGCCAAACGCCCCAUUGGACGAAGAUUUGAUGAUGCUGUUGUCCAGUCUGAUAUGACGCAUUGGCCCUUCAUGGUGGUGAAUGAUGCAGGCAGGCCUAAGGUUCAAGUAGAAUACAAGGGAGAGACAAAAAGUUUUUAUCCAGAGGAGGUGUCAUCCGUGAUUUUGACAAAGAUGAAGGAAAUAGCAGAAGCCUACCUUGGGAAGACUGUUACCAAUGCUGUUGUCACAGUACCCGCUUACUUUAAUGAUUCUCAGCGUCAGGCUACCAAAGAUGCUGGAACUAUUGCUGGGCUCAAUGUACUUAGAAUCAACGAGCCAACUCAUGCUGCUGCUAUUGCCUAUGACUUAGACAAAAAGGUUGCAGAAAGAAAUGUGCUGAUCUUUGAUUUAGGUGGUAGCACUUUUGAUGUGUCAAUCCUCACUAUUGAGGAUAGAAUCUUUGAGGUCAAAUCUACAGCUGGAGAUACCCACUUAGGUGGAGAAGACUUUGACAACUGGAUGGUCAACCAUUUUAUUGCAGAGUUCAAGCACAAGCACGAGAAGGACAUCAGUGAGAACAAGAGGGCUGUCCGUCGCCUUCGUACUGCUUGUGAGCGUGCUAAGCGCACUCUCUCUUCCAGCACCCAGGCCAGUAUUGAGAUUGACUCCCUCUAUGAAGGAAUCGACUUCUAUACCUCAAUUACCCGUGCCCGAUUUGAAGAACUGAAUGCUGACCUGUUCCGUGGCACACUGGACCCUGUGGAGAAAGCCCUUCGGGAUGCCAAGCUAGACAAGUCUCAGAUCCAUGAUAUUGUCCUGGUGGGUGGUUCAACCCACAUCCCCAAGAUUCAGAAACUUCUACAGGACUUCUUCAACGGGAAAGAACUGAACAAGAGCAUCAACCCUGAUGAGGCUGUUGCUUAUGGUGCAGCUGUCCAGGCAGCCAUUCUACCUGGAGACAAAUCUCAAAAUGUUCAACACUUGCUGCUGUUGGAUGUCACUCCUCUUUCCCUUGGAAUUGAAACUGCUGGUGGAGUCAUGACUGUCCUCAUCAAGAGCAACACCACCAUUCCCACCAAGCAGACGCAGACCUUCACAACCUACUCGGACAACCAGCCCGGUGUACUCAUUCAGGAAGAAUCUGAACAUCAGCAGGAGGAGCUGGAAAAAGUCGGCCGCCCCAUCAUUACCAAGCUGUACCAGAGCGCGGGAGGCGUGCCCGGAGGCGUGCCCGGGGGCUUCUCUGCUGGUGGAGCUCCUUCGUCUGGUGGUGCCUCCUCUGGGCCCACCAUUGAAGAGGUUGAUUAA